CCCCACAGCUACUUCCACAUCUCCAUCAGUUCCUCCUUGUGGGUCCCAGGCGCUCUGCCCCCGGCCCCUCCCCACUUCCUCCUCCCUGGGGAUGGAUCCGAGCUAUUGUCCUGCCCAUGGCUUCCCAUCUCAGGACGCUCUCUGGCCACUGUCAUCCCAGCAGUGGAGUUCAGCCCACUACUCUGAACCAGCCGCAGGUGGCUGCAAUGGGACGGAAGCCAUGAAUGGUGCCUGGCAGAAGUGCCGCCUGCUCCUGCGCAGGGCUGUGGCCGAGGAACGCUUCCGCCUGGAGUUCUUCGUGCCGCCCAAGGCCUCCAGGCCCAAGGUCAGCAUCCCACUGUCAGCCAUCAUUGAGGUCCGCACCACCAUGCCCCUGGAAAUGCCAGAGAAGGACAACACGUUCGUGCUCAAGGUAGAGAAUGGAGCUGAGUACAUCCUGGAGACCAUCGACUCUCUGCAGAAGCACUCGUGGGUAGCCGACAUCCAGGGCUGCGUGGACCCCGGUGACAGUGAGGAAGACACCGAGCUCUCCUGUACCCGAGGAGGCUGUCUGGCCAGCCGCGUGGCCUCCUGCAGCUGUGAGCUCCUGACUGAUGCAGUUGACCUACCCCGGCCCCCAGAGACGACAGCCACGGGUGCAGUGGUGACAGCCCCCCACAGCCGAGGUCGAGAUGCCGUCAGAGAGUCCCUGAUCCACGUCCCACUAGAGACCUUUCUGCAGACCCUGGAAUCCCCGGGCGGCAGCGGCAGUGACAGCAAUAACACAGGGGAAGAGGGUGCAGAGACAGAUCCCGAGGCUGAGCCGGAGCUGGAGCUGUCCGACUACCCCUGGUUCCACGGGACACUGUCCCGGGUCAAGGCUGCUCAACUGGUUCUGGCAGGAGGGCCCCGGAACCACGGCCUCUUCGUGAUCCGCCAAAGUGAGACUCGGCCUGGGGAGUACGUGCUGACUUUCAACUUCCAGGGCAAGGCCAAGCACCUGCGCCUGUCCCUGAACGGCCACGGCCAGUGUCACGUACAGCACCUGUGGUUCCAGUCUGUGCUUGACAUGCUCCGCCACUUCCACACACACCCCAUCCCACUGGAGUCAGGGGGCUCGGCCGAUAUCACCCUUCGCAGCUAUGUGCGGGCCCAGGGCCCCCCGCCAGAGCCGGGCCCCGAGCCCCCUGAGCCCCAGGAGGCUGCGCCUGGCCGCGCGCGCGCCGUGGAGAACCAGUACUCCUUCUACUAGCCCGCGGCGCCGCCCGGGUGGGACACGCCAAGCUCUUCAGUGAAGACACGAUGUUAUUAAAAGCCUGUUUUAGG